AUGAUGAACGGACUGGCCCACGCCCCGUCGUCAUCGGCAUCGGCAUCGGCUCCCACGAUAACCCCCGCUACCACUCUCACGUCCACUCCUGCUGCUUCCCUCAUCUCCAGCACCACCACUACCGUCGCUAGCAGUAACGCUCCCAUCGCGAAUUCACCCUUCCAAUCAGCUUCCUCGUCUUCCACCACUACUGUCAAGCAAUCAUCGUCGUCGGCUGCUUCUUCGUCCUACACCCACGGAAAUACCAACAACAUUGCCAACAAUACACGGAUAGAUCCAUUAACGACUUCGUUGCCAUCUUCCGUCAACGGUGCCCUUCCGGUCCACCAUGAUACUACUUCAAUCAUUGGGAAGAGGAAACGCGCGGAUAGCAGUCCUGUAAAGGAAUCACAAAAUGCGACAGCUGUAUCACCGGCUCAGAGGCAGCAAUUGCUAGCUGAUAUCAGGAAUACCGUUCUCACUUCGCUGGCACACCUCGACGCUGGAAUAUCCUUAUUGGACAAACCUGUAUCACCAGAACCAAGCUCUCACGAGGCUAAAAAGGUCAAGUCGCCUAAUCCUGAUGGCCUGCAGACUCUCCGACAAAGGCUCUUGUCGGAUUCCUUUUACCAAUCGUUGGACGCCCUGAGUCAAGAUGUCAACCGGGUCACCAACGAGGCCUUGGAAGCCUUGGGUGUCCGAACCGAUAUCGCGCCUGAGGACGAAAUGAUGGACGACGAUGUACAUGUUAAAAAUGAGGCCGAGGAUACACCUGGGAAAAUCAAAAAAUUUAGACAGGCUGCCCAGACCGUUAUUGCUCAAACCUUGACCCACCAUCCAUAUCUGAACAUUCCUGACGACCAAAAAUCCCCAGACGCGACCACCAAUACGGCCGUGAUCCCGGACGACAUCUCCUUGGACCAGCCUUCACCUAAAUUCAAAUACGCUAUCAUCGUCAAAAAUGGGAACAAGACUUAUUACCAAAUACUAAAAAAGCACCCGGAAACCAACACCCCUAGGAGAAGCCAGGAUGAGAUGGACGUCGAUGAAGAAUUAGACGAACUUCAGCAAUCAGACCUCCCUCCCCAAGCUGAAAUCGUUAGGAUUUACGAGAACACACCACGUGAAACGACCCGAACUCUUAGGGACGCUUUCCCGAAUAUCGCGAAGAUUCCAACUAGCCGUCAGGAUAAGAAGCCGUCUGACCGGAAAUACCAAGAUAAGGGCAUAGAAACCCCAGACUGGCUUGACUACGGUCCCUUCAUGUCCUUCGCCCCGACCUACGACCAGGGCCGGUCUACCAUGUCUGUUCACGCCAAGAAUCAGUAUUGGUUUGCAUUGCACGGCGAGAAGGAGUUGAAAAGGAUCCGAGCCGGUAGACAACCGGAACAGGAUGCCCAAGAUGAAGAACACCAGUUCAAAGACCUCGCCGAAAAAUACGAACCGAUACCAAUUGAUCCCGCUCUGUUCGAGGAAGAAUCGGAGAACGACAAGACCCUCAGAGCAAUCAGCGAUCUUCUUGCUGAGCUGCGUUUGAAGCAAGAAACCCGUUUCGCUAAGCAUAGCAAUCCUAAUGUUCCUUCCAAACCGGACGGUCCCGAAACCGAAAUACAUGGAAAGGCAAUCGAACAGCUCGCGGAGCUGAUUGGAAAGCUCGAGCCCGGGACUUGUGAUGCGCUAGAAGAACUCAUUGAUUCGCUUCCUGAAUCACUCCCUAUAAGGCUCCAUCCUGCGCCAGGGACGCUGUUGGAUACCGCCAAAGUACCUCCCCCACCUACCCCUCAGCCUGCAGCUCCAUACACUACGACCAGGGUCAGCUACCACCAACAGGAUGCUGUUUUCUCACCAUCAGCCCGUGUCGUGCCCAAUCGUUCCCAAGGGCACAAUCAAUACACAAAUCGAACGGGCAGCUUUAGCCAACAGAGUUACCCUCAAACACCAAUCAACCGACAACCGUACGGACCAAAUGCUGGGUUUUACCCUCCGCAACCCGCUUACACCCAACCACGGGGCCCGCCUAUCCCCACCACCCCGCAACAAUACCCAGCUGGAGGCUAUACGAAUAGCCCCUUCUCGAGAAACGCCACGGCAACCGUCCCUAGAAUGGCAUCGUCAGGCGCACACCCAGGUUUUGUUCAGCAGUCAAAUCCUUCUACCCCAUUCCAAGCCAUCCGCCAGACUAGCUUCAUCACCCAAGGAAACGGACCGGCUCAGGUUCAGACUGGAAGAAGGGUCUCGCUUGCCCCUCAACAGCCCCAACCUCAAGUUCGACCAGCAUCAGGUCAAGGCCAGGCUUAUAGCCCCUACACUCCUGGCCACAACCAGCACACUUUUACGGCACAUCAAACUCAGCAGCAGAUUCUUCGCGUUCAGCAACAGACGCAGCAACAGCCAGCACAAUAUACUCCUGGCCACCAGCCGCAGCCGCAGCAACAGCAGCAGCAGCAGUUUGCGUACAGUCAACAAGUUCGCCAGAUGCAAUCUAGUCAACAAAGGGCACCGUAUCCUAAUGGUAGCUACCCUCAAACCCCCCAGGUCCGGGUGAUCCAAACACAACCUGGCCAACCUCCAACCCCAAGGUAG